AGACAAUAGAAACACUUCCAGGUUGCUUUACUUCCACUGCCACAUUGUUCUAUCAUUGCAUUGCAUUGCACUGGCACUGACGCUGGCAAUUGUUCGUUUGCUUGCUCUAUUCUACUUUUACCAACCAAUAAGUAUCCAACUUGUUGUGGAGUAGACACCCUCUGAAUCUAUUUGUCUUGGCCAUCUCUUUUACUUGCACUCAGCUCUUUUAUCCCAAGUUGCAUGGACUCUUUACUCUCCCAACCAUUACAACCUCAACCUCAACCUUGAACCCAUAAUCACGAAGAUAGUACGACUCUCAACCUUCUGAAUUCUUUUCUUGAAGCCUACAGAAGCAUUCUUGCAAACACCAGACACCACUUACACAUAACUACAACUAUUUACAAUGGCCGCCAACGAAGCAGCGGCCCUUACAAACAUGGCCAACCGAUCCGACCGACGCUCUCCUGCUCCCGCUUCCCAGUCAAAAAGAGAUCGCAAGCGACAAGCUCUUAUAGAGAGACUCUCUGGCAUGACCGAUAAGUUCCAUCGGGAAAGGGACAUGACAUAUCGCGAUCAGCUCCAGAAGAUCCAGUUCGACAUCAAUCUCGUCCAGCGCUUCGACCCUUACGAUCCAAAGGUCCUUGAGGUCAUCUCUGAACUCCAGAAGGAGCACACCAACACACAAGGUCCUCCGGUCAACGCCGAAGAUGCCCGAAGCUUGCUUGACAUGGCUGGCAUCCGAUUCUCUGACUUCGUUGACGAAGUCGAGGAUUUGGUAGAAAUUCGUGACUUUCAGCUGGCGCAGUCAAAAAAUGAAUACGACCGACGACGAGAAGAAUAUAGAAACACUUACGACUACAAGGUUGAGACCGCCAAGCGCGAGCACCGAGCCCUUACCAACACCCUUCGAGAUCGAUUGGUCAAUACCCUCACCCACAAGAAGAACCGGUUGAACCGCGAGAAAGAGGUUUUGGAGAUUAAUGAUUCCAAUGCCUUGCUACUCAACCCCAAUCAGUUCAGCUUGACCAAUCCUGCGAGCCCCGGUGGUCCCCAUGGAAAGCGAGCCACACGUCUGCGCAAGGACGCCGACGAUAUGCAGAUGUAUUCCGACAACAAGAAGCGCAAGCGAAACGCCGGCGAUGACGACGGCUCACCUGCCCCGACACGACGAGCCCUCGACAACCACAAUACAACACCUCUCUGGCAGUCUGAGAAGGCUCGUGCUGCUGCUAAGCAGAACGGACCUAUCUACAGCAUUGACAAGCUUUUCACUGACAAGGAGCUGUCGCUAAACUAUAACACUGCUGCCCUUGCUGCGCACCAGUACAUUCUUCGCAACCGUGUCAGUGGCGGCGGCUCUCCCGAAGACAGCGAUUCCGGCAAUGGUGAGGCCAAUGGCGACCAGGACGCCGAUUCUCAACCAUCUGCCCCAGCUAUGGAGCGCUCCGUCUCGCACGCCACCCGUAGCACUCGUGGCGGUAAUUUGCUUGACGACAAGAUUUUAGGUCUUGAGGGUAUCACCAAUUUCGAAGUUCACAACUUGGAUAUUCUCCACGCCCACGAACCCCCCAAGAUGCCUCCUCCGGUUCCCCAGCAAUACCUCAAGCCCUACCCUCGUACAGCGGACCAGAACUUCCCUGUUCCCCUGUCUAAUGACGAUAUCACUUCUGAUCUUACGAUCAUGGGCUUCUUCAAGCAAUACGACGCAGCACACAAGCCUGGAGCUCACCUUGAUCGCCCAACUGGAAUGCGCCGGGUUCUCGCUGCUGUAUCAAUACCUUACCAGCAUUCACGAUAUGUCGCUUUUACUAGCGCCCCUAGAGAAGACCCGGAAUAUGUCCGCGAUUCAUUGGGUCUACCAGCUCUCAGCAGCCUUCGAGAUCAGCCAAGCCCAGCACAUGCUGGUGCAGCUACUUCAGUAGCAGCUCUGUCCAGCGCCGCAGUGCCUAUGAGUCGCCAGAGCAGUGCCGGCGGAGUUGCCAUGAGCCGCCAGGGUAGCAGCAGUACGCGUGGCAAGGGACGUAAGAACUAGAGAUUCUCGCGGCGCAAAUGACCUCCUUUUAUAGUAUUGCAAGCGCGGCGCAAAGGCGUAGCAUCGAUUUGGCUUACGGCGGCAUCUGAUUUCAUGGAAGUCCAACCUACAUCAGCGGACGGUGUGGGGUCUGUUAAACGGGCUCAUCAAGUUGGGAUGAGUUUUACUCAAGGCUUGUGGAUAAAGAAACGAGCUGAAACAUCAGCAAUGGA